GGUGCCGCGCAGGCGCGCCUGCCGAGCGUCGAGCUGUAGAUGGAGAUGGCGGACGGUGCUGAGUGAGGGACCGCAAAGGCCCAGAGCCUGGCCGGAGGACCCGACAGGCCUACGUGCCAGUGGGAGCGCGGCCGGAGCUUCUCCUACUCCACAGAGGAAAUCUCAUCCAGGGCCAUGAUACCACUUCCCCAUCAUCUGUGUGCUGCUUGGUUAAGCUAAUGCUGUGAGAGCCCUGGUCCCUUGGGGAGGAAUCAAGCUGACUCCUGGCAUGAGGCCCCUGCCUUGCAGGGGUUGAAAGGGACACUGCUAUGGCUUCUCUGGAUGACCCUGGGGAAGUGAGGGAGGGCUUCCUUUGCCCUUUGUGCCUGAAGAACCUGCAGUCUUUCUAUCAGCUUCAGUCACAUUAUGAGGAAGAGCACUCUGGAGAAGACCGUGAUGUCAAAGGGCAAAUUAAAAGUAAGAGGUCUUGUCCAGAAGGCUAAGAAAGCCAAGAACAGGCUGUUGAAACGAGAAGGAGAUGACCGAGCAGAAUCAGGGACGCAAGGAUAUGAGUCUUUCAGUUAUGGAGGGGUUGACCCUUACAUGUGGGAACCCCAGGAAUUAGGUGCUGUGAGAAGCCAUCUUUCUGACUUCAAAAAACACCGAGCUGCCAGAAUUGACCACUAUGUUGUUGAAGUCAAUAAAUUAAUAAUCAGGUUAGAGAAGCUCACUGCCUUUGAUAGAACGAAUACCGAGUCCGCUAAGAUACGAGCAAUAGAAAAGUCCGUGGUGCCUUGGGUCAACGACCAGGAUGUCCCUUUCUGUCCAGACUGUGGGAAUAAGUUCAGCAUCCGUAACCGCCGCCACCACUGCCGCCUCUGUGGGUCUAUUAUGUGCAAGAAGUGUAUGGAGCUCAUCAGCCUCCCUUUUGCAAACAAGCUCACCAGUGCCAGCAAAGAUUCCCUGAGCACCCACACCAGCCCCAGCCAGUCACCCAACAGUGUCCAUGGCUCCCGCCGGGGCAGUAUCAGCAGCGUGAGCAGUGUAAGCUCCGUCCUGGAUGAAAAGGAUGACGACCGGAUCCGCUGCUGUACACACUGCAAGGACACGCUGCUCAAGAGAGAGCAGCAGAUUGAUGAGAAGGAGCACACCCCCGACAUUGUAAAGCUCUAUGAGAAAUUACGACUUUGCAUGGAGAAAGUUGACCAAAAAGCUCCUGAAUACAUCAGGAUGGCAGCAUCAUUAAAUGCUGGGGAGACAACCUACAAUCUGGAACAUGCUGGUGACCUUCGAGUGGAAGUGCAGAAAGUGUACGAACUCAUAGAUGCUUUAAGUAAGAAGAUCUUAACCUUAGGCUUGAACCAGGACCCACCACCACAUCCAAACACUUUGCGGCUGCAGAGGAUGAUCAGAUACUCAGCUACACUUUUUGUGCAGGAAAAGCUGCUGGGUUUGAUGUCACUGCCAACCAGAGAACAGUUUGAGGAACUGAAAAAGAAAAGGCAACAGGAAAUGGAGAGGAAGAAGAUCCUGGAGAGACAGGUUGACCUGGAAUCCCAGCGACGGUUUGAGGAAAGGCGGAGUGACCUGGCGUCUCGUGCGGCCAAUGGGGAGGUGGUGUCCCUUCGAGGGGGACCUGCCCCCCUGAGAAAGGCUGAGGGCUGGCUCCCACUGUCAGGAAGUCAGGGGCAGAGUGAAGACUCAGACCCCCUUCUCCAGCAGAUCCACAACAUCACAUCCUUUAUUAGACAGGCCAAGGCUGCCGGGCGGACGGACGAAGUACGCACACUGCAGGAGAACCUGCGGCAGCUGCAGGAUGAGUAUGACCAGCAGCAGACAGAGAAGGCCAUUGAGCUGUCCCGGAGGCAGGCCGAGGAGGAGGACCUGCAGCGGGAACAGCUGCAGAGGCUUUGUGAACGGGAGUGGGAACGAGAGAGGGAGCAGUUCCGGGCUGCGUCCCUACAUACACGGACUCGGUCCCUAGACUUCCGAGAAAUCAGGCCUUUUCAGCUGGAGCCUAGCAGGGAGCCUCCUACCCACCUUGCUUAUGCUUUGGAUCUAGGCUCUUCCUCGGUUCAGAGCAGUGCAGCCUUGGAGACCCCUUCGCCCAUCUCAACUCUCGAGCCAGCCAGAGUGUGGUCUGGGCCUCCAGCCAUCGGGCAGGAAUUCUUCCCCCAGAGCAUCAUGUCACAGCAAAAUGAGCUGGCCUCCCUGAACCCCUUCGAUGAGGAAGACCCCUCCAGCCCCACAGCAGAGGGCACUACCAGCCCUCCUGCUACAGAGCCUUCCUUUGGCCCUUCAGCCUACAUCCUCAAAGAAUAUAAUCCUUUUGAGGAGGUAGAAGAGGAGGGUGUAGCAGGGAAUCCUUUCACUAACCCAGAUGGUCCAGCACCCAACCCCUUCGAUGAGGAAGAUGAGGAUCCCCACCAGAGGCCCUCAAGCCCUCCUGUUCCUGGCAACCCCUUUGAGGAAGGCACCUGUACCAACCCCUUUGAGAUGGACAGUGACAGUGAGCCCAAGGGCGAGGAGCCCAUAGAGGAGGAGCUCCUCCUCCAGCAGAUUGAUAACAUCAAGGCGUACAUUUUUGAUGCCAAGCAGUGUGGCCGCCUGGAUGAGGUGGAAGUGCUGACGGAGAACCUGAGGGAGCUGAAGUGCACCCUGGCCAAACAGAAGGGGGGCACCCACUGACCCCACUGACUGUGGGCAGGGUGUCUUUGGGCCAGGGCCUGGCAGGAGCUUGUGGAGCAGGACGGCGCUGGUGGGCCCGAUGAGGGAGGAAGAAAGGUGACACGUAGGACGCACAGAGGUUAGGGCAGGGAAUCUGCUGCUUCGUGCUGUGCACUUGGAGGUUUUUUCCACUACAGUUGGAUAAUAAAGUACAAACCAGAACAGGAAGAAUCAGCAUUCAUGUGCUGUAUUUCCUGGGUUUUUUUCUUUUCUUUUUUUUUUUUUCUUUUUUUUUUUUUUUAAUUGGGUUUUCCCUUUAGAAGGGAUUUUAAAUUUUCAUUACUGAGUGUAACUAAAUGCAGUGUAUCGGGGAGCCCUUGUGGCUCCAUUUGCUCCUGCCUCAUCUUUGGUCUUUAUGCAGUAUUACAGGGCACUUUCUUUAGCCAAGACAGACAAGAUGGAUUCCUUUAAACCUUGCUGUGGUUGGACAGAAGUCUGUCCCCCUUAGGCUAUGGGGUUCUUUCACCUGGGACUUCCUCUGCCCUGCUGGGUACAUCCCACCUGUGCAGCAGAAGGGGGAGGUAUUGCUAUGAAGGUAGUUGUUUAGACCCAGGAGAGCCCAGCACCUCUUUUUAAGAGGGGGCGACGGGGUGAUGUUCUACCGGGGCAUUUCCCUGUCAGUUAAAGUCCUUGAUUGUCUCUUUCAGGAAGUUAAACUUCGGUGCCAGGGGUAUCACUGGGUCUGACCAUGGUGUGUUUAGAAAAUAGGAAUGGUGAACUUUUCAGUUGAUUGAGGCAGUAGUACUAGGGAGAAGAGUGUCUACCCAGAUGUUUCUCUUAAUGACUGAUGGAACAGUUGUCUGUCCCUGGAGAAACCUUCCUCUAGAACUUUGGUGAAAUUACUCUGACUUGGGCUUUUUCAGAGGACCCAGUCUGUACUUUAGGAUUAGUAAUCAGGAAGCUUUUGUGGAACAUUGCCAGGAGGUGAAAGCUUCCCUGAGUCAGAAGAUAAAAUGAUCUUCAGGGCUAGUUGAUCAGGCUUCUUCCCUUUUGGUUCACCCUGUGCUGACCUGGGGCACCAGUGAGGUUUUUCCUACCAGUGUUUAGUAUUAAGAAAUCAAAGUGUUUGAAGAGGCACAACCCAGGAACAUUCCAGUAGCACCACACCACUUGAACUCUUCAUCAGUUAAGGGCAGAAAGGGAAAUUGUUAAUUUAGCUCUGGUGCUUUGGUUUACAUAAUCCUUAACUAAUGUCUGACAUCAUGAUACUCAAGUGUGCUCAGCUCUAGGUAGAGUUCCUGCGAUUAUGCUUUUUGAUUAAAGAACAAUAACUGACCACUAGUCACUUUAUACCGCUUAACUAACUAUGGGUCAUACUUUGAUUACUGGUGUGAAGGCUGAGAUUCAUUUUGUUACCUUCCGGGAAGACCCCUGUUGGUCUUGAGAAUGUUAGAAGAACUGUGAUGUAAAGGUAGUCUGUAUUUUUGUUGACACUAUUCACGUUUCUUUGGCAUUUGUUGGAUCUUUGGGCUGAAUGAAAAGAUCCUGCAUAGGGGUGCGGGAAUGGGAUAUGGGUGGAGGGUGUGUGGAGGACCCUUUGCAUUGGGGUUCUGUUCACAAAGGAAUGUGAGUGGAUUACUAAUGUCAACCAAGUUCCCAGCCUUGCUGAUUGUUGUGUUUGGGAAUUCGACAACCAGGUAUCUAAAGUUUUGCCUGGUACAGGCAACUUUCUUCCUUCUCAUGCCCUUCCUGCUGUCAUUAUGGAGGGUUUCAUGGAUGGCUGGUAUGCUUCCUGCUGCUAGUCUGUCAUUGCUCUCUGAUCAAAGAGGAUGACGCUCUCUGCACCAAAAAGCAGGUAGUUCUGGAAGCUAAAUGCUGCUUUCCAUCAUAAUUACUUUUCUCACAUUGUGAGAAUAUAUCUCUUCAUUAGCUAGUGAUUUCUAUUCAGACUAGUUUUCUGAACAUACCCUUUUCCUGAAAUCAACCCAGGUAGUAAUCUGUAAGUAACUAAGAGCAUUAAGAACCACACUUAUAAGAAACUUUAUUUUUAAACUUAAAAAAAAAAACAAAAAACACUGAAUAUACUAAACCAAACUAAAACCUUCUGAUACUGAAUUCUUCCAUGAAUUCUUCCGUUUAAUUCUUCCAUGGCUGUAUUCUCCUAUAAUCAUAGAGCUGACAGGAAUUAGAAUUCUCUAUCCCUAACGUUUCCCAGAAUUCACACAAGCAUAAAGUUGGAUUUACGGAGAUGGGUUAUCAUUAGCGUAGAUAAAGAUGUCCUAUGAACUGCAACCACAGCUUCAAGUGCUUACCUCAUGUGACUGUUUCACUCUUCCUGCAGUCCUUUGAGGCAGACAGCUCCAUCUCAUGAGAAAAUGAGCAAGUUCUUGAUGAGGCGUUGGCAGCUCUCCCUAGACCUAAGAUCAUGUAUGGAAUGUAUGGAAGAGACUUUGGGAAUUCAGGCAUCAGAUGAAGUUGGCUUUUCUUUUUUACGACUUGUUUGUAUUUUUCCAUGUCUAAUACACUAAGGACACUUACUCAUUGUACUUGCAGUUCAAUAUGUCUUUGCUGUUCAGAUACUAAAGUGUACUUCUGAGUCAUGUACCAGGUGGUGGGUUGGACAUACAUUGGCGUAAUUAGGCCUUGGUACUCAAAGAGAAGCUGGUCUCUAUCAGGUCACAGACUAUGGUAGCAGAUUGUCAGAUUGUCAUUUGACAAUGACAGCUUGAGGGUCAUUGUUUGCAUGCACUACUCUGGGGCCUUGUAUUGGAACCUUUUUAAAAAAAUAAACUAAUGUUAGUGGUUGGG